UCCUCUGCAUCAUCACACUCACACUCACACUCAAGUGUGGUCAAAUUCAUUUCCAUUUGAAUUUCUGAGAUUUACCCAAAUUUUUAUAUCAUCCAUUUCCAGUUCUAAGAUGCUAUCUCGUUGUUUUCGCUCUAUUUCACGUAUUCCAGGAAACUUAAUUCCCAACACAAUAUCUCAUUACACACCCAAACCCCAAAACAAUAUCCCUUCUCAUAGAACCAAAUCGAUUUUUACUUCUGUACCACAUACUGUACCUUUUCUAGUGAGAUCUGUAGCAACUAUUCUUGAUCCAGCUGCUAGGUUUGAUGAGAUGAUCAUUGGACCGCAGCGUAAGUAUUACUUCCUAGGUGGGAAAGGAGGCGUGGGGAAAACAAGCUGUGCUGCUUCCCUUGCUGUAAAAUUUGCAGACCAUGGCCACCCUACCAUUGUGAUCUCAACUGAUCCUGCUCACUCCUUAAGUGACUCUUUUUCCCUGGAUUUGGCAGGAGGGAAUCUUGUUUCUAUCGAUGGACUGAAUUCUCCUUUGUUGGCUCUUGAGAUAAAUCCAGAUAAAGCUAAAGAGGAAUUUCAAUCUGCAAGUCAAAAGAAUGGUGGUAGUGCUGUCAAAGAUUUUAUGAAUAACAUGGGCCUUGGGAUGCUUGCUGAUCAGUUGGGGGAUCUAAAACUUGGAGAGCUGUUGGACACCCCUCCGCCAGGUUUAGAUGAAGCUAUAGCAAUUUCCAAGGUGAUGCAAUUUGUUGAAUCGCCGCAGUACAGUAAGUUUAGCAGGAUAGUGAUUGAUACAGCACCUACGGGCCAUACACUUCGGUUUUUGUCCUUGCCUGACUUCUUGGAUGCAUCCAUUGGGAAAAUUAUGAAGUUCAAAAAGAAAUUAGCUUCAGCAACUUCAGCCAUCAAAUCUGUUCUUGGGAAAGCAGAAGAACGGAAGGAUGUGCCUGACAAACUACAGCUACUGAGGGAGAGGAUGACAAAAGUGCGAGACCUUUUCCGGGAUUCCAAUACCACUGAGUUUGUUAUAGUAACCAUACCAUCGGUAAUGGCAGUAAAUGAGUCAUCUAGGCUGCAUGCAUCUUUGAGGAAAGAAUGUGUACCAGUUCACAAGCUUAUCGUUAAUCAGAUUUUACCUCCAUCUGUAUCCGAUUGCAAGUUUUGCACUACUAAAAGAAAGGAGCAAAUGCGUGCCAUUGAGAUGAUCCGCAAUGACCCAGAGCUUGCCAACUUGAGGAUAAUUGAAGCACCUCUAGUUGAUUUAGAAAUAAGAGGGAUUCCAGCUCUUAAGUUCAUGGGUGAUAUCGUUUGGGCAUGAAUUUAUUUAUUUUUGUUUGUUGCUAUUUACUGUAAAUAUUAGAU